GGUCAGGAUGUGACUUAGGCAUGAGUACAUAUGCUUUUCGUGGGCUCUGUGGUUCCUGCAUUAGCGUGCAAGUAUGGACCACUGUCAAGUAACUGCAGGCUGAAGUGUGUGGUAGUCAGGGAAGAAAGGCAUCUUUGGUUUUCCCCUUUGCUUGAGUACAGCAGUGGACCCCAGUGGGUUCAGAAAUGUGGUGUUAGGAUUGGUCACAGCUUUCCAAUGGCAUUUCCAGUACCAUCUCCCUAGAUGCACACAGCCUUCUGGGAGGUAUUGGAUUUGUGUGUUGACCAGUGUGUAUCAGGAUUGUUUUACUUCACUUGUCCAAAAAGGCCAAGUGAAUGGCUUCGCUCGGAUAAGCCUGAUAAGCCCUUAAGUGUACCUACCAGCAUGGAGAGAAAGGCCAGAGGAAGGAUUUCUGUAUUUGAAGGAGCAGAAUUUCAACGGCUCCCAGUCAAAGGGGCAGUCAGUGUCUCUUAGCCUGGACCAUGUUGGCAUUGGAGACAGUGUUUGGGGUAUAAUUUUUGGAGGGAAGCGCUGGUUGAACUCUCUUUGGUUGGAGGUGGAUUGCGCUGAAAAUUGUACUUGGUUUGUGUGAAAUAGUUCAGUUAAAACUAAAUCUUGGUGAUUCAUUUUCUUUACUCAUCGAGUGUGUUAAAGCUGCUCUCAAGAUCAGUGUUCAGUUCUAGGCCGGGCAGUCGUUCAUUAUGGGGAAAAUUUACGUUCCUAAAGUAAUAGUGGUGUGCUAUAACAGAGUUUACGUAUGAUAUUAGGAGAUUAUUAGAAUUUCAAGGUAAGGAGAGUGAUAUGAGCACAAAAUGGUGAGCGUGGAUUAAAGCAGGUAACGGGAAUAAGAGGAGAGAUUAAUGUAAGGAACAGUACAGAGACGAGACCUUUGUAUUUUAGCAGACCUAAGUGAGUGAGAAAUGGGUAACAUCACUACCUAGCCGUGUGACCUGGAGUAGCUGGACCCCUCUUAUCCUCAUUUACCUCAUCUGAAAGUAGGGCUAAUAAUACAAAUUGAGCAUCUCUAAACUGAAACCUGAAAACUGAAAUACACCAAAACCUGAACAUUUUUGUGCACUAGCAUGAUAUCAGAAGUAGAAAAUUCUCUUCUGACACCUUGGAGUUAAAAUGCAGGCAGGCAUGGCUGGAGGUGUAGCUAGUAAUAGAGGGUGUGCUUACCAUUCUUGGGGCCCUGAGUUGGAUCCCCAGCAAACACAAUGGACGCACACACCCACAAAAUACAUGCACAAUCACAGGUGCAUUGAAAUUGUUGUGGAAAAUUAUCUUUUGGCUAUGUGUGUAUGAUAUAUAUAACACAGAAAUGAAUCGUGUUUAGGCUUUGGUCCCAUCCCCAAGAUACGUCAUUUUGUAUAUGCAAAUAUCCCCGAAUCUGAAAAAUCUGAACUGUGAAAAAUUACUGGCCCUACUCUACCUGUGCUAUGUGUCACACCAAUCCAAAGAAAAAGCCCUUCCUGACCACCUGGGCUCCAGGCCCUCCUCUCUGUUCCAGUCCUUCCGUGGCUGCUGUUUUGAGCCUUGUUUUGUUCAGCACCUUGCCUCACAGAAUGGUAGCCCUUUAAGGACUGUUAUCCUGCAGGAGAAUGUGUUGUACAAGAGUGGAUGCAGAAAGUAUGUCGGCUUGAUUUUCUGUUCAUCCAAUGUUUGUGCUUUUUUUUUUCCUCCCCACACUGCCCGGAGUCCAGAACCAUGUGGUAUCAGAGCUAUAGUUUUCCACUUCCUAGUGAACAGGUAUUGUUAUGCCAGCUCUUUCUCAGCUAGAAGUAAUAUAUUGUGAGUGAGUAGAUACAGCAGAUCCUGUGCUCAAAUUUCUAUUCAUUCAAGGGGUCGGAAGCAUUGUGUCUUCUAUUUCCAGGCUCUUCCUGACUGUCUACUAUUAAUGGAAUCCCCAGUUUUUCCCCCUUUAUACCAUCUCUUAGAUAGAAUUUCACCUCCUCAGACCGAGCUCUGCCUUCAGGAUGGGGCUACAUUGCACAUUUCACCAAAGGACCACUGAGCAGUGUGCCCUCAGUGAAGGCUGGUUGCAUGAAUACACCUUAGCCACUCGCGUUAUGUUGUUUUGUAGAUGAGAGGUGUAGAUGUCACUCAGACGACUGUCAGCAGUAUCUGCCAUGUGAGCCCACUGAUCAGUGACCUUGGUGAGCAGGUGAGCUCUUCACUGGCAAGAAGAAAUUCUCUCUUAGACAUCUUCCUGAUGCUUUGGCCCCUCCUCAACUUUGCCAGUCCCUAAGCCCCUCCUUUGAACUCCCCUUGCUGUUCUGUCUCUUUCAGACCCACCUGCGGGAAGAUCCCUAAUUAGGAUAGAGGCUAUCCGUGGAAACACCAAAAUUACAGAACACCUGCAUGCAAAAGACUGGACAAACACUGGCUAAUGCACUUGUUGUAUGGCUGGGACUCAGACUCCUUUUCUCCGGCAUUGUAGAAGUCUGGUAUCUUCUGGCCGUGAACUUUCCUACCUCCAGUCUAGUUAUUUGAAAACCUCCAGCUUCACCUGAUCUAGACUCCAGUGCCUGGCAGAGCUUCUAGCUCAGACAAGACCUCCAUGGAUCCACUCCAGAAAUGGAAUCCAGGGUUGAUUUCUGGAUCUUCCCAGAUGCCCACCACAGAGACCUCCCAGGAAGGCGCAGCAGCCUCUCAGCCUUCCUCCUCAGAACAGCUAAUGAUGGGCCUCGGUGACCUGAGCAUCAGUCCUGGCUCCAACCCCGCUGUGCCUCUGCAAGAGGGACUGUUCCAGCAGCAGCACAGGGAGAAGACUCUGCUGGAGCAGCACUGGGAAAGGCUGGGGUUCCCUCAGAAGAAGAAAGCAUUCCUGGGGCACUUCAGACGCAGGCACCGUGAUCACAUGGCACCUUACCCAGUCGAAAGGGAAACCAGGAUCUCUUUCCCAGGUGAUAGAGCUCAGAAUCAAUUCAGAUGCCAAUGUCGAUACUGCCAGGGCCACAUGCCAAAUAUUUCUGGGGUCACUGGGGAGAGGAAUGGGAACCCCAGUCCUUCCUCCUGGGAAACCCUUGUGCAGGGUCUCAGUGGCUUGACCCUCAGCCUGGGCACCAACCGGCCUGGCAUUCAGCCAGGUGGGGUGCAGCAGCAGCAGCAGCAGCAGCAACAGCAACAGCAGCAGCAGCAACAACAGCAGCAGCAGCAGGAGCCAGAGGAAAAGCUCCAACUGGAGAGGCAGCAGGAAAGCAAGAACAUGUUCCAGAGGCUGUUCAAGCAGUGGUUGGAAGAGAAUUGAGAUGCCCAUCUUCAUGGGACAAAGACCCUUAGGGAUUCAGACAGUACUGUGUUGCCAGCUCUUGGGAGGUGGGCUUCUUUUGGGGACCAAACAGUCACUAUCGGAGGAGGAAUCCCAAGACCUGUGUUAUGACCAAGAAGGUCCUCAUCUUUCCUGCCUGUCAUUUGUGGAGCACUGAGAGGCGUUCAGGGACCGAGGAGACUGCACACCAGUGUUCCCCACCUCCUCUCAUCUGGUUCCCAUGCCGCGUGUUGUCAAUUUUCCAGCCUACAUCUCCGUCUUUGCUCCUUAACUUGUUGUCAGGGAGAUAUCUUUAUAAGAUGUCUAUGUAGUGUGAAUGCCUUGUUGAUGUCCAUGUGAUUUUGUACCAUUUUACUGACUGCCACCCAGGAACAGAGCUAGGUCUGUUUGAAAUGGGGGCACUUGACACUGAGAUCUAGGUGCAAACAUCUGCUGCCAAACAAAGUGUGGGAAAGGGAUGUGGAAUUGGAACUUGAUGGUUCACCAUUGUACUGUCAGUGUAAACUAUUAUGACUAUGAUAAGCUGACUGUAUGUGUUUCCCUGCCGCUUAGCAAUUGAGUAGUUAACCCCCCUGCAAGACUUUCACCUGGGUACCUCAUCGCUAACACCAAAUAAACAUAUGUGUGAAAGGAAAGUAACAUUA